UUUUAUUUUCUUUAAAACGAUUCCCACAACAGUCCUGGCCGCCCUUCUCCUCUCUUUCUUCCUUCCGACCUAUUUUGACAAAUUCCUUCUUCUAAUCUCCAUAAAUACAAAACUGAAAACUUCAUUCCACAGAUUCAUACUAACACAAUGAAGAUCGCUGCUGUUCUCUUCCUUUUCUCUGUUUUCUCCUCCUCAAUCACCGCUUUUCCACAUUUUUUCCCCAAUGUUUCAUCCAUUCCACCGUCGUUAUUACCAAACAUCACCGCCGGAGCUUGGGAUAGCUUCAACAAUCUCUCCGGCUGCCAUUUGGGUCAGAAAGUUCCUGGUAUUUCCAAACUCAAAAACUACUUUCAUUACUUCGGAUACAUCGGCAACAUCAGCAAAAACUUCACCGACGACUACGACGACGCGCUUGAAACUGCGGUGAAAAAUUACCAGCUCAAUUUCAAUUUAAAUGCUACCGGCGAACUCGAUGAAUCCACGGUGAAGCAGAUCUUAAAACCGAGAUGUGGAGUUGCGGAUAUUGUUAACGGAUCUAGUACUAUGAACUCCGGUAAAGCCGCGUCGAUGACCGGACAUACAGUUGCUCAUUAUUCUUUCUUCCCUGGGACUCCGCGGUGGCCGCGGUCGCGACGUGAUUUGACAUACGCGUUUGAGCCGAGAAAUCAGUUAACCGAUGACGUUAAGCGUGUUUUCACUAACGCCUUCGCUCGGUGGUCGGAGUGGACACCGUUGACGUUUACCGAAAGCAAUAACUACAACACCGCCGACCUUAAGAUUGGAUUCUACGGUGGAAACCACGGAGACGGAGAGGAUUUCGACGGAGUGUUGGGAACAUUAGCUCAUGCAUUUGCUCCGCCGAGAGGAUUACUACAUCUUGACAGCGACGAGACUUGGAUUAUCGACGAUGUGUUCGCGUCUGGAUCUCCGUCGGCGAUGGAUUUGGAAUCAGUGGCUGUGCAUGAGAUUGGACAUCUGUUGGGUCUCGGACAUUCGUCGGUGGAAGAUGCGAUCAUGUUUCCGACGAUUUCGUCGGGAAUACGGAAAGUAGAGCUCGCAAGAGACGACGUUGAAGGCAUUCAGGUGUUGUACGGUACAAACCCUGAUAGCAAUAGUACAACCGGACCAUCCUUCGGCGAGAGGGAAAUGAGUGGGGCCCACGUCAUGUCGUCUGUAGUGGUCCAGAUCAUAUUUUUGGCCGUUGGAUUAACAUUAUUUGUUUUGUAAAUUUUUUAAUAUUCUUUUUUUUUUUUAAUUUUAUUUUAAAAUUCCCAAUGAUUAUUCCGGGUUAUUGAGGAGGAUAGUUGUAUUUUGACUAUUGUUUUUGUAUAUUCUCUGUUAUUAUAUAUUAUUGUAAAAUGAAACAUUGUUUUCUUUAAGAGAA